CUUAAAUCCGUGGAACCAUCCAUAAGUUAUUUCUUUCCUCCAAUCAUUCCCCUCUGCUGGUCCACGGGUGGUGGUGGCUUUAACCCAAUAAUUAUUAAUGAAGAUCUCUGGAUGCUAUUGUUUGCAAACAAAUAUAUAAAAUAAAAAGCCCUCCCCAGCAAGCAGUUACGCAACCCCAUGUUUUUGUUUCAAGUUGAAACCUGUCGAUUGAUGGAGCUAAAUGUAGAAAACUCCUCCCUAUCCCGUAUGGCCUGACCUGCGCCUAUUUUGUUUUUGGAAAUCGAUUAAUGAGGCUAGUAUUUUUGUUGGCCGGGAAAAGAGUCGAGAGCGAUGGCAAAAUGAGAACCGUUCAUGGACGAGUGGCCACCUGGCUGAAAAAUAUUCUCCGCUUAUGAUCAUACAUCUUAGGUAAAAGAUGUAAAGUAUAAAUAUACAUAGAAAAAUUAAAAAACGAUAACGAAAUCAGACAGCAGAAACAAACAAGAGCAGAAGAGGAAAGGAGAAGCAAUACUAACUCCUUCUCGGGUGGUAGAUCUAGAAAGACUAUUUUCUGCAGUCGCAAUCGAAUAUCUCCUGGAGGACGGCAGAAGUUAAAGCGGAUUGAUGAAUCUCGAGAAAAGGAUCCAGCAACAGAAAACGGUUCUGCUAGGCCAGAGUGGUUUUACAUUUCUAUAUCCCAUCGUACUGCGGCCGUUGAAUGUUUCUCAGAACACUCCGAUCCGCUCCAGCCUUUAGCAAUAACUCCAUAGCACCUUUCACGCCGAUUGAGAACGGCGGAUGCCAACCCAACUGUAUCUUUAGCGUCCGUUCCUCUCUCGCGAGAUGCUCCAGUAAAAGAGUCGCGACGUGAGGACAGCCUCUCUGCGGCGCUUCCUGGCAUGCCUCCGGGGUGAUCUCGGCACCAUGGUCAAACAAUAGCUGAAUGAUGGGUAGAUCCCUGCAGCUAACUGCUCGGCUCAACGGCGUUCUUCCAGAUCUAUCAGCGUAGUUUACUUUUGCCCCCCUGUCGAUAAGGUCCUUUAUUCUGUCGAGAGAGCAACACUCAACAGCAACGGCCAGUGGCUGUACAACCCUUUCAGGGGUGUUGACAGGCGAGCCGCUGUCAAGAAGCAACUCUAUAAUGUCCUCAUUGUCGUUACUCAACGCAAGGGCCAGCUUCGAAGGAGAAGAAUGGCUAUUUGCAUCUUCCUCAUCAGGGUCCUCCCCACUGGCCAGUAGCAGUUUCAACAGUGUAAUGUUGUUUGAAUCUAUGGCGUAAGCAAAGGCUCCCUUCCUAAAGUCCCGAAUAAUAGCUUGCGAAACCCUAGCUCCUAACAGAAUGAGCUGCUCCACGGAGAUAAGAUCAUUGGAAAAUAUGGCCUGGGCUAGCGGUGUCAUCAGAUCUUCGUCGUCUUCCUCGUCGAGACCACCUAAAAAGUGGGCAUUAAGUAGUUGAAGCAUUUCCGCUCUGUUUGGUUUGCCACUGGUAACUGCAUAAUGAUAAACUGUCGACAUUACCAACUUGCUCCCGUGCUGAUGAGCACCGUUCUCUAAAAGUACAUUUAUGCAGGACAUAUAUCCUCGAACAAUCGCAACUCCGAGAAGCUUAUGUAAACCAUAAGUAAAUUCGAACCUGGAGUCGACAGCCCUGUUUACAUGUUCGUCAUCCUUGUUUGUGGACUGCCACUCUGCAAUUUGACACUGGAUAGAUUUGAGGGCAAUUGACUCGGUAGCAGAGCUGAGAAGGCACUCGGCGGAGUGGUAUUUGACCAAGAGACGUCCAAUUUCAACGUUCCAUAGUCCUAGGACAAUGUUAGACUGAGAGAUCCAUAGACCCACCAUGAAAUAGCGACUGUGAGGGGCUUGAUUCAGGCGCGGAUUGUUAAAGCCAUGAUACCUACGGCAAACAAGAAGAUAUUGACUAAUACCCUUCAAGGACUCAAAAAGGCCAUUGCAAAAUGUAGGGAGCAACUUGCUGAGGAUGAGAACUUGGAUCUCAUGCGGCAAUGUAUUCCAAUUCGACUCCAUCAAGGCGCUGAGCAUCGACGAGCGGUGAUGAAAAGGAUCUGCACGCGUUAACCACCAUACAAAAGACUGUAUGCAAAUACACUCCGUACUCUUUGCCAAAAAGAAGAGUUUGGGGUUGAGCAACGCGUAGACGAAGUAGAAGCGCGAACAACACCAUAGAGUCACGUGUUCAGGGGAGCCCUGGAGCUGCUUCCUCCAUAUUGCUCCUGCGGGCAAUACCACGGUCAAUAAAAGCAUCAUCAAGCUCCUGUCAUCGGUCUGGUUAACCCGGCUUGGGAGAAAGUGCUGGAAAAAGCUUGGAUGACUACAUCGGUCUUCUUUCUGAUCGUCAGGACUGGAUUGGAUGCAGCGCUCUCGGGUUGGUUCAGGAGGCGACACUGCAGCAUGCCAGGAACAAAUUAUUACACGCAGGAUGCAUGCCGGUCAUCCUAAUGCUUUGUUACACUCUCAAUGCCGUCGUCUGCAGCCUUGCAAGUGAAAGACAACUUGAUACACCGCGUCAGGGCACACAGCUCGUGGGCUUGGGAGAAGAAUAUUGACAAAACUUGGGAUUGUUUCCUAUCAUUUUCGUUGCCUUCCGGCAUGCUGAUAUGAAACUGUAGUUAGUAAAUAUCAAUGAACUUGGCCGUGCGCUGAGUCGCGAAUCCGGGCAACUUCGCGCUCUGGUUGCACCCUGUCACCCGGAACGAAAGGGCGCUGAAAUUGGGAUACUGGCAAACUUUGCGGUUGCCACUGAUUAAGUGCUCCCGGCCGAUUCCGCUGUCUCGAGGAAAGGUAUAGAUUACACGUCGCUAUUAUUGGGAAUUCGUUAACAUCUUAUGUUGGAUUCGAUCUGAUAGGAAGAAGUCUGGGGAUGACUAACUCUGGUUUCGUUAUUCCAUACUCAUUUACCUUCUUCCCCCUUACUCACUUUGAACUUCGUAAAAUCGGCUGACAUUCGGUUAAAUAACCGCCAUGAAUGAGUUUAAAUUGUGGGGGGGGAUCCACCACCAACCCGCAGAACAACUUCCAAGUUGAUACGCUGACUGAACCAGCUCCGUUUCCCGACGUCACGUCUUUGCACUGUCCGUUGAAAAGCAACCAAGAUUAGUUAAUUUCUGCGACCUCUCCAACCAGCUCAUAGAGAACACGGACUGAACGAAUCCCUCACCAUGGCAUCUUCCAGCAGUAUCACCAUCCAUGUUCUAGUCGUGGGUACCGGCGGAGUGGGGACAAUGGCAUGCGUGGCCCUCGAAAGAUCUGGGCGCGCAAAAGUCACAGCAGUCCUACGGUCCAACUACAGUCACGUCCAAGAGAAUGGCUUCACAAUUGAUUCGAUCGACCAUGGGAAGUUGACAUCAUGGCGGCCCAGCGCAAUUGUAAAUGCGGUACCCAAAGCUGACCCAGCUCAUCCAUUCGACUAUGUUGUUGUUACGAUGAAAAAUAUCCCUGAAACAUGCAACAUUCCAGAAACAAUCCGGUCAGCAGUGACACCAGGACAUACCGCUAUUGUCCUAAUCCAAAAUGGAAUUAACAUCGAGCCGGAGUUUAUCAAGGAGUUUCCCAACUGUGUGUUGCUCUCAGGUGCUAGUUACAUAGGUGCUCAUCAGCGAGAUGGCCAUGUCAUCCACGACGACCACGAUCGCAUGGACCUAGGAGCCUUCCGCAAUCCAUCCCUGGACCCUUCAAUCGAACAAGCAAAGCUCAAGGAGUUCGCCACUGUUUAUACAGCCAGCAAUGCGGUCGAUAUCAACAGAGUCGACGACAUCGUGCUGUACCGAUGGCGAAAGCUGUUGUGGAAUGGCACCUUCAAUCCACUGUGUGCCAUUACCCAGCUAGACAGUGCAGCGAUCAGGAAAUUCGGGGGCGAUUACAGCUUAAUCCGGCCUGCCAUGGCGGAAAUAGUAGCAAUCGCCCGUGCUGAUGGCUAUGAACUUGGAAACAAUGUUAUCAACGAGAUGAUUGAGGCGACGCCGCUUGAGCUCUCGUUCCGACCAAGCAUGCUCGUUGACGUGGAUAAAGGGAAUCCGGUUGAGGUGGAAGCAAUAUUAGGUAACGCUUUACGGAUCGCGAGGGGUAAAGGUGUCCAAACACCAGUCUUGGACAAUACCUAUCGCUUCCUAAAAUUGAUACAGGCCCGACUUUUGGAAGCGCGUGGGUUGAUUACUACACCUAAUGAAUUACCUACCCAUGAUUUCAUAUAGGAAGCACUAGUAUAUGGUUUGCAUGUUAGAGCUACCUAGUGAGUAGAUGAAUGGUAAAUCCGUAUUAUAACUUCUCUGUAACAAUUCAUAUUGCCUCGGCUCUCAAGCAUGCUUCAAUCCCUCUCUGGGGCCCAUGAUCAAGAAGAACAGAUCCAGUGAAUCAUCAGACAUGGUUACUGCGCUCAACAACCUCCAAGAACAGAAUGCUCUCUCCCCGACCUAGGCCCACAACAAGAUCAGGCAGUGAGAUGGACUGGACUCAAAUCGCUACCUCUCAGCUCCCCAUGUCACACAGGUCAGAGAUAUCACCUCAGUGAGACUCUCUGUCACAUUCUUCAAAUCAACGACUGCAUUCUUCAGAGACUCUUCAGAAAACAGAGCUAGUACUGAUAACACUGACAACAACACAGAUAUAUAAUGAAGAGAUAGUUCUUCUUCUCCUUAUGAAUGAUUCAGAUGAACUGCUGAAAGUUCAAGAAUAAAAUCAUGUAUCAUUUCUUGUUCAAGAUUAUGAAAAAUCAUAUAUAUGUUAGAAAAAGCACCUCAAAUGUAUCAAAUCUUGAACACAUCAAAUCCAUCCGUCCAUCCAUCCAUUCAUAUCUGCUCAAUCUAUGAAUUCAUCCUUGUAAAGUAGCAUUUAAAUGCCUAGUUCAGAACGACCACUAAAUACGUAUACUAAUGAU